AUCCUCUUCCAGAACAUCGCGCGCAGCAUCUUACUCAGCGCGACUGGAUUAGAUCGCACUUCCCUCUCCGAUACUUUUUCGUGCUCUCGGUCUCCUUGAAUCUGUCCCAUCACUCUCUCUAUCACCAUGACCAUCACCACCGAGGUAAUCCCGAAACCCGUUGUCUCGACCAAGGGCAAGGUCGCCCUCGACGACCUGCUCACCCAGCGGGUCGACUCGGGCCUCAUCCCCGCCGCCACGUUCGCGGCCACAACAGCCGACGGGCCCAUCUACUUCGCCGCCCAUGGCGAGCGCGUGCUUGGCGAACCCGACGCAGGGCAGAUCGACGACAAGACGAUGCUCCAGUUCUACUCGAUGACCAAGCUCGUCACCUCCGUUGCCGUGCUGCAACUCGUAGACCGCGGGCUGAUCGAUCUCGACGAUCCUGAGGUGGUCGAGAAGCAUUGCCCCGAGCUGUGCGCCCUCCCGGUCCUGACGGGGCAGGACGGCGACGAGCUGCUCUCUGAGCCACGGACGCAGCCCCUCACAGUGCGCCGACUGCUCACGCACACCUCGGGCCUGGCGUACAGCUUCACGUCGCCUCUCCUGGCCGCGUGGCACGCGCAGAACUCUCCUCCGCCGCACUACGGCGAGAAGACGACCAAGGGCUUCGAAGAGCCGAUGGUGUUCCAGCCCGGCGAGCGUUGGCUGUACUCAAUCGGCAUUGACUGGGCGGGCAUUCUCGUGGAGCGCAUCUCCGGCCUCACGCUGCAAGACUACUUCCAUGAGCACAUCUUCCGCCCCCUCUGCCUGACAGUCGACGACGUCACCUUCAUCCCGAACGACGACGUGCGCGCGCGCAUGCAGAAGAUCUGCCGGCGCCUGCCGGACGGCUCGCUUGAGACGGCCGAGCCAAUGCGCCCGCUCGACCUGUCCGCCGACACGAUCGGGCAGCUCAGCGGCGGCGGCGGCCUGCACGGCACCGCGCGGGCCUACCUCCGCUUCCUGCAGGGCGUGCUGAACCGCGCAGACGGGAUCGUCAGCGAGGCGGGAUAUGCCGAGCUCUUCGCAGACUCCCUGCGCGGCGCGUCGUCCGCCGUUAAGAAGGGGCUUGGCGUCAUGACGAACAGAGUCGGAUACCAUGACCCCGAGCAUACUGCCAACGAUGCGCAGCACCUUGGGCACUCGGUCGGGCUCGUGCUCUCGCUCAAGGACAGCGUGAAUGGGCGGCGAGAGGGGAGCGGAUGUUGGGAUGGCGCGGCCAAGACGCAUUACUGGCUCGACCCGGCCACGGGCAUUGCCGGUAUUUGCUUCACGCAGCUCAUCGCACCUAGCGGUGACCCCUGGCUGCGCGUGUACAACGAGUUUGAGCGCACGCUGUACGAUGCGCUCGAGUAGACACAGUAGACAGUUAUGUGCACAUAGAGUAGAGGAGGUAGUUUGCCGGCCAUAGUAGAUCAGAUGUGAGUGUCUGAGCGUGCUUCCAG